UUUGUCGAGGUACUAUGACAACGGCAACAAAAAUGGCGGUGUGUGGAGUGGCUUCCUUAGUGUCUGUGGCUUUUCAUCUCAUUGACGCGUAAUUAGGCUCAUCUACCUUUUUGUUUAGUAGAUAUGAUUUUAUGUUCUCCAUGGCCUUUUCUGCUUACUUAAUUUCUCAUGGGUUUCUCAUGUAAUGCUGGCAUAAAAGGGCUGCACUUAAAAGAUUACCGUUCUGACAGAGCAAGAAGACAUAAAGUAUACGAGAAGGGACUCUCUAGUGCUCAGUUCUCUGGUAACACGCAUGGGCUGCUUCAGCUCUUGGAAUUGUCCUUCUCUGUAACUGUAAAUUUGUGUAAGGAAGCAUAGGUGAAGAAAAAAAGGAAGAUUCAUCAGUUACCGAACAAGUCGGAUCUGACAGAGAAUGUCUUUAUUUAAAGCCCGGGAAUGGUGGUCUACAAUAGUGGGCAAUAAAGAAGAAUUUGAUCAAGGAUGUUUAUGUGUUGCAAAUGUUGACAAUAGCAGUAGUGCACAAGAUAAAAUUAUUGUAGGCAGUUAUAUGGGAUUUCUUAGAAUCUAUAAUCCACAUCCUAUAAAACCUGGAGAUGCUGUGCAAGCUGAAGAUAUGCUCUUGGAAGUGCAAUUAUGUGAACCAAUAUUACAAGUGGAAGUAGGAAAAUUUGUUUCUGGCACAGAAUUGCUUCAUCUGGCUGUAUUGCACUACAAAAAAUUAUGCGUCUAUGCUGUCUCAGGAAGUUUAGGAAAUAUAGAACAUGGCAACCAAUACCAGCUAAAAUGUAUGUAUGAACACAGUCUUUAUCGAACAGCAUAUAACAUGACACACGGACCAUUUGGAGGUAUAAAAGGUCAAGAUUUGAUCUGUGUACAGUCUGUGGAUGGAAUGCUGAUGUUGUUUGAACAAGAAAGCUACUCGUUUGGCCGUUUUCUUCCUGGCUUUCUUCUUCCUGGUCCACUGACAUAUAGUUCUAGAACAGAUUCAUUCAUUACUAUCUCUUCCUGUCGACAAGUUGAGAGCUACAGGUAUCAAGUACUUGCAUUAGCAAAAGAUGCUGAAAUACAAGAAACUGAGCAACAAAAAAUUGGAUCUGGAAAAAGACUUGUGGUGGACUGGAUUUCAAACAUUGGGGAACAAGCCCUGGACAUAUGUGUUGUUUCAUUUAAUCAGCUUAUUUCCUGCAUAUUUGUUCUUGGGGAGAGAAAUUUUUUUUGCCUUAAGGAUAAUGGACAAAUUCGGUUCAUUAAAAAGCUUGACCACAGCCCAAGUUGCUUUCUUCCAUACUCAGUGUCUGGGACUGCCAUAAACACACUGAUUGGAAAUCACAACAGCAUCUUACAUAUUUAUCAAGACAUGACUCUAAAAUGGGCAACUCAGCUUCCUCAUAUUCCUGUGGCAGUACGACUGGGGAAAUUACUAAAUUUGAAAGGUGUGAUUGUUACACUGAAUGAUAGUGGCUAUCUACAAUGUUCUUACCUUGGUACUGAUCCUUCUUUAUUUCAAGCUCCUAAAGUUGAAGCUAGGAAUAUUAAUUAUGCAGAAUAUGAUGCAGAAAUGAAUAAACUCCAGAAAAUUAUUAAAGAAGCCAGGAAAAUUAAAGAUAUCUUGCCUAAGUCUGAAAAAAGUGAAGAUUUUGCACUUGGUGUGACAGUCUUGCCUGAUCUGGAUUCAGUUUCUCAAACUAUUGACAGUGAAAUUAAAGCAGAGGUGAUUCCUUCUGUGAUGAUAAAGAUUGAAGUUGAAAGCAGACUACCAACAGUUACAAAAUUAACAGUAUGCGUCCCAUGUCCUUUAGCAUUGACCCAAAACUCCUUCAUUUUAGAAUUAGAAUCUUCUGUAUCUAAAAAAGUUGUACUUUUUGCUUUUCUAAAAGGGAACUAUCUACCAGCAGAUUUGGAAGGUAGUGUUAUAGCAUCGUACAAUACUGCAGCAGGUGCACCAAGGGUUGCCCAAUGCAAAUUCCGAUUACCUUUGCGGCUCGUUUGUUUUCCUGCUCAGCCUUCAAAAACAGCAAGCCAGAAGUUAACUAUUGAUACCAACAAACCUACAGUCAGCCUUAUUACUCUUUUUUCAGACUUUGCUGAUCAAAUUGAUGAAGAUCAACUUAAUGUGUUAGGAUUUCAAUUAUUAGCUGGCUCCAGAGUCACUUUACUUGCUUCGAAAACAUCUCAGCGUUACAGAAUCCAAAGUGAACAAUUAGAAGACAUUUGGCUAAUUACAAAAGAACUCACUCUUCGUCUUGAGCAACAUUUCAGGAGGCAAAAUUACAAAGAUUUUGUAUGCACUUUUUCUGGUCCAAUCCCUUUACAAGACUAUUUUGACAUAAUUGAUCAUCAUUUUGAGCUUCGUUUGAAUGCUGUGAAGUAUGAGCAACUAUUAGCUGAAAGAGCCAUACAGUUUAGAGCUAUUGAACGGCGUUUACUGACAAGGUUUAAAGAUAAAACUCCAGCUCCACUUCAACAUCUGGACACCUUGUUAGAAGGAACAUACAGACAGGUAAUAGCUCUAGCAGAUGCAGCUGAAGAAAACCAAGCCAUUAUGUUCCAGGCAUUCACAAAAUUAAAAAGUGCCACCCAGCUGGUAAUUCUGCUGAUUAGUCUAUGGCAAAAACUGAAUGUUGACCAAGUUGCUAUCCUGGAAGCUACAUUUCUGCCAUUAACACAGAAUACUCAAGAAUUGGGUUGGGAAGAAAGUGUGGAUGCUUCUAUCUCUCAUUUGUUAAAAACAUGUCUGUCCAAGAGUUCGAAAGACCAUGCUCUUACACUUUUUAAUCAAUUAUGUAUCCCCAAGGAUACUAGUAGAUUGAAGAAGCACAUAACUUUACUCUUCGAUAGACUGGCAAAAGGUGGUCGUAUGUCUCUAAACACAGAUCUAGACUUUCACCAACCUAUGCUUUUGUCAGUUGAAAUAUGCUGCUGGUCAAGAAAGAAAUGGAAUGCAUAUCCUUUUUAUGAGAAAAGGGGACAAAGAAGAAACAAUUGCCCAUCUGUAACUGAGUUUGAAGAUUCAAAUUAUUUAAAAUACAGGGAACUUUAUUUGAAUGAGAUUGGCUACUACUAUAAAUAUUACAAAAUAAAAAUAAAAACUCUCUCAUAAUAUAAUACUACAUUAAAUGCCAUACGGGAGCACACUUCAAGUCUACAGAAGCAAAGGAAUGCAAGUCUCAAGCUUCAGGCUUUGUUGGUUUGCCUUGAUUUGUAGUUCUGACUUUUUUGUUCAAUAUUCCCAGUGGCCACUUUCACAGGAAUUUUUCUGCAUGGUGAUAAUCAUUCAGGAUAUUUUAGAAUGCAAAGCAAGAAGAUAAAUGUCCCUCCUCAUCCUUUCUAGUGUACCAGAAACAAAAUUCCUCUUGUAUUUAUUUGAUUUUGUGUGUCUCUUCCUAGAUUGUUUGAUCCUUCUUUCAUCAGAUAGUUUAAUCAAAAAGUGUAAAUAUUUUUGAGAAAUAACAAAUAGUCUAACACUCUUAUAUUUUAUUUUAUGCAAUAAACUUCUAUAAAGUUCUAAGUUUAAAAAUAUUUGUUCUUAUUUGUUUACCCAUAGAAGAUGGUAGAGGACAGGAAGACCUGGAGGAAUGUUGUCCAUGGGGUCGCGAUGGGUCGGACACGACUUCGCAAUUAACAACAACAACAACAACAACAAUGUUAUGCUUCUAUUUUGGCAUAUCAUGACCUUUUAAUAAGGGGAGGAAAGCUGCAAAUUAAGAAUUUCCCAAUUUAUCAAAUAUUCAAAUCACAUAUAUUUUAAGUUUAGAAUCCAGAAUUUUGUUGAUAUGAUUCAUCUGUAAAUUAUAUUGUUGCUUUAUUACUGUUUUGAAGACAGUAACAAAUAUACCAAUAGAUUAAUGAAAUAAUCACCAAUAAAAUAAUUUCUCAAAUAUCUUUAAUGUCUUUAACUAAUAUCUUUACUUCCAGUAGCCUUAAUCAGUUCUCAAACUCUCUUUUUUUAAUUGCCUGAAGGGGCAUGGGUGAUUCUUCUCCAUUUGUUUAUUGCCUGCCAUUUUAAUUAAUGUACUUCUUGACUCUAUGUCCCUGUUCAUUAAUGAAGCUAUUAAAUGAGACAGGAUCUUGAAGUAAUCUUUACAGCACCUCAGCAUGUGCUAACAACACAGAACAAAAGAUGUUCCAUAUCAAACUGACCUUUGCCAACCUCACCCAGUUCUUCACAUCAUCCUUUUAAUGGUCCUUUGGAAAGCAGGCGCUUUGAGAAAAGGAGCCCCCACAGAUCUCCCUCAGGAAAUUAACGCUCUUGUGGAGACUUCAUUGCUUUGGUCUUUUGUGUCCCCAGAAUGUUCUUUCCACUGAGCUGAUUAGCCUUGGGGUGGUGUUUUGCAUCUUUGGUAAAGUUUGUUCAACUACUUAACAGUGCUCCUAGCCACUUUUUCUAAGUACCUAGAUUCCUUAGAAUCAAAAACUGUAACAAAAUGGGGAGGGGGAGGGGCUUAAAUUGCAGCUGAAUUACAAAGAUUACAGCUUCCAGCUCAACUUUCCAAUAACACUUUUUUUUGUUUACAUUGUGAACACAGUUAAAAGGAGUUAAUGAAAAUAUAGUUAUCUAAAAAACCCUUUCUCUGAUUAUUGUCUUGCAGUAAUGUAAAGCAUUAGCUAUAAAAUAGUAGUAUUUGGGUCUCCUGAAAAAAAAACUCAUUUUUCAUCAACUUAUAACUAUCCGUUUAAAAAUGGGGGCAAAAAUGAAAUACAGACAGGUGAAGUAACUCUCUAAUUUAGAAUAGAAAAGGACCAGGAAAUUUAAUUGCACAGAAAACUUGUUUUUUGUGUUACAAGCAUUCGGGCAAAUGAUAGAAUUGCAAUUUAUUAUCAACAAGGCUGCUUGGUAUAACCACAUUUAUUUUUUAUGUUCUUUCUGUUUCUCUGCAGAUUUGCCAGAGGAUGAAUUACAGGAAGCAGAAAUACCAUGAAAAGUGCAAAAAAACCUUCAGGAGGAUUUAAAAAAUCUGUGCAAUUACAAUCCAAAAGUAAUACUUUAUUUUCAUACUGAAUACAGUAAGCCUCAAGAAGCAGGCCCACUAUUAGAGAAAAAUACUUCCCUUUUUAGCUACUGAUUUUAGAGAUAUUUCCCCAAAGUGACAUUGUAGGUGGAAACAUUCUGUAACUGAUAUGCAAUUAUAAACUCUAAGUAGAAAUCCAUGUUGAUCAAAACGUUUAAUAUAUUUAAAUAUUGACAUAUUGGACCAUGAAAGUAUCCUGCACUUUAAAGUUCCUUUUUUCUUUCUCUCUUGUAACAUAAUAGUAGAUUUUGAUAAAAAAUAAUAAUUCUGUCAUCUGAUGACAAUUAUGUUUACUAUUUCAAAUACACAAUAAUUCAUGAAAUUUAUUUGGAUUUCACUUCUGAUUUAUAAAUUUGAUGUUGAGUUGUACUGUGUAAGUUUAUAGCAACUGCUUUGUUUUUGUGCAGAAAGGUCUGUGAAGUCUCAGUCCUUGGCCUAUUCUGGAUGUUUUAUUCACUUACCUGAAGUCUUUUUAUCUAAAAAUAAAACUAUUUUAAUGACAAUUCCUUUAUGCUUAGCUCUAGGAUCUUGUUGAAUAAUUUCAAAGAGAGGACUUUACCUAUGCAAACUAAUCAUACAACAAACAUAGCUGGGAAUUCUUUUCUGAGAUCAUUUCUUAAAUUUUUAUCUCAGCUGGGCAGUUUAUCCAGUCUUGAUUGAAUUGUGUUCAAUCUAAAAUGUUGUUAGUAUAUAAUAAUUAUUUCCAGACAUGGUACAUGUUUCUGAAUUAACACUAUUUCCAUCUUGACUUCAUUAGUCUUUUUGCGUGUUUUUUCUGAUAUUCAUAAUGUAUUUUAGAAAAAAAAUAUGCAAAAAGGCUAAUGAAGUCAAAAUGGAAAUAGUGCUAAUUCAGAAAUAUGUACCAUUGUCUGAAAAUAAUUCAGAGUUCCCUGGCUCCAAUUCUACAUGUUCCAAUUAAAGCACAUGCUUCUCUUUUUGUUUUGGUCUAGUUGUCGUACCACAUUAAUUUAUAGAGUUACUGCUCUCUUAUAAUAUAUGCAACAUGAAUUCCAAGCAAUUGUCUCAGAUUUUCUUGUCAGUAUAAAUAAUUUUAAGAACUAACCAAAUCUCUUAGCACCUUGAAUACAUUCCCUUGGCAAGUGAUCCAGAUCACUUCCGUUGAAACAGCAAAAUGCAAAUGAACAUGUAAUUCUACUAGGAAGUUAGAAAUUUAGUAUUUCAAUGAUUUUAUUAAACUAGGAUUAUUUUGCAUUGUUCUUAGUUCAGACCGUAGUUGGGCAGCAAAGAUUUAGUUCUGCUGAUUUCUUGAAAACAACUGGACCUGCAGCAUUUUUUUAAUUUUUAGGAUAUUGUUAAUUUGUAAGGAAGUACAGCCUAUUUUUUUAAAUCUUAAAAUAGAGCUGGAACAAUUAGAAUUCACAGAAAAGACAUUCUCACUAAAAUGACUAGAAAUAUUAAAAUUUUUCAGCAAAAUUAUAUUGCUGGCUCAUUGAAGUAUUAAUAAAAACCUGAAUCAUAGCCACCAGUCCCCUUUCCCCCCACCCCCCACCCCGAUUCUUCCAACUAUUGAAAAAGAAAAAUGAAUUGACAAAGAAAGAAAGGGCUCAGUUAAAUUUAUAGUCCCCACUGACAUCCAUUUGGAUUUGAAUUCACGGAUGUCUUAAGUAUGAUUUAUCAAUGAAUAUUCCUGCUCAUGCAUUCUGAUUUUUCCCUUGAGUAUUCUUCUUAAGAAAUAAUUGUUAAUAACAAAAAUUAUCCUAUGACUUCUUUUCAACUUGUUAUGAGAACACUGAUAAUUCUAGAAGUAUGUUAUCGAUAGCAUGGUAAGCUCAAAAAAAUUAAUCAAUAUGGAAUGAUACAUUCAAUAAGUAAUAUUUAUCAUGUUAACUGUUCAGAAUUUUAUCAGUUUAGGCCCCACUCUGUGCUAAGUUUUCAUAAGCCUAGAUAAGGGAGUUUAGAUUGGAAUGCAUGGCUUAUUCAUGUCCAUUCACAUAUCAGAUUUUUAAACCGUGAAUCAGAAUUAUAAUUAUUAUAUAAACUAAAGUUAUUUUUAAUCAAAAUUAAAAUUGCUAUGUUCUAAACUGGCGUGGCAAAACGAAGUACAAAUCUGCAUAUACAAUUAAAAGAGUUUAUAUAGCAGUUUAAAGACAAGCCAAUAUUAUGUCCAAGCAUAUAUUGUCAAGAAAAUGCAUGAAAUGUUUAUCAAUUCCCUCUUUUUAAGCACACAGUAAAAUUUAGCAGCAUAAGUAUCAGAUACUAAUCAAGGGCCCAUAUUUUAUUGUUCCUGCUUAUGAUAUGAGUAAGCGUAAUGCAAGGUUUCCCUCAUGUAAUGAAGAGUUGUACAACUCUCAUGUUUAUCACUAGGAAGAAUUAGCAAAUAUGGUGUUUCAGUAUUUUUAAACAGAGAGCAUGUGCUAUUAAUAGGAAAAUAAGAUCAAUAACCCAUUAUUUAAAGCAAACCUUAACAGUCACUAUCUAUUAAAAGGAGAUCAACAAGUCUGUUUUCAGUAGCCAGCUAAACUAAAUAGCCAAAAUGAAUUCAUUUACAAUUCAGGCAAUAAUGUCACUGAAUAUUUUUACAUAAAGUAGAAGUUGCAUUCUGAAUAAUUUGAUUUCCAAAAACAAAAGUUAUUAAAGACAAAUGAUUGUAUAUGUAAAAAAAGUCAAGGAGAAAAAAAAGCCAAUUUAUUAAUUUUGGAAAGUCAAAUGUACAGAUAUCAAUAGAAAUCUCCCAGAGUUCAACUGAGUGGCUAUAUGAAUGUUUUAAAUAAAUGGGUGGCUAUAUGAAUGUUUUAAAUAAAUAAAUGUUUAUGUUUUUAAGUCAGUGAAUAUAACAUUGGUGACAAAAUCAUAUAAUAUUCUACAGCAAAAUUAAGAGCUAUUAAGUUAGUGAUAUCACAAGCUGCAAAGCAUAAAUACAAAUUUCUUACAUAAAAUCUUAUUUAUAUUUUAAUAGGGUGUAAGUACAUAAAUCUCAUUAAAUAUUUACAUCUGUUGAAUAAAUAUUAUGUCAUUAUUUUAAAAGUAUGCUAUAAUUGUAUAAGAUGCUAUAAUAAUAAUAAUAAGUUGGAAGGGACCUUGGAGGUCAUCAAGUCCAACCCCCUGCUCAGGCAGGAACCCUACACCAUU